UGGUUUGUACUGGCUCUUUUUAGGGCGGGGCAAGGCUGAAGGAUGACAAAGCAAAGAGGAGCUACCCCUGGAACCACCUCCGCCUCCGCCUCCUCCGCUGCCUCCUCCUGGGCUGCGUCUACUGCCCAGAGCGGCUGUUAUGGAAACCAGCCUGGCUCGCAAAAGGCGAUAAUGGAGCAGCCAUGGCCAGGGCCAGCAGCAGCGGUGGCGGUGGUGGCGGCGGCGGCGGCGGCACCUCAGCCCCACCAGAGCGGGCAGGGGGCUCGGACCGUCUGGACCCCUGGGAGCUGUCCUUGGAGGAGGUGCUGAAGUCUUAUGAACAGCCGAUUAACGAGGAACAGGCAUGGGCCGUGUGUUACCAGUGCUGUCGUGGGCUCCUUGGGGCAGAGCCCGGAGGAGGCAGGAUCCGGGACACAGCCGACAUCCUCCUUCACAAGGAUGGGACGGUCAGCGUACAGCUGGAGCCAGGUUCAGCUGUCUCUUCAACCAUGGUGGCCCCACCAGUCAACACAGAGGCCCAGAUCGUCCAGUCUCUGGGUUUUGCCAUAUAUCGGGCUCUGGAUUGGGGACUGGAUGAGAACGAAGAGCGGGAGCUCAGUCCUCAGUUAGAACAGCUCAUCGAUCUCAUGGCCAAUAGUGAUUCUGAAGACAACGGCUGUGGAGCUGCGGAUGAGGGCUACGGUGGGCAAGACGAAGAAGAAGAACCCUGCGAGGGCCCUCCACGUGUCCGCACGAUUUCCCACGUCAUGAAGCUGUGUGCCGCCCGCCUGACAGACUACAAAGAGGUCCAAACUCACUAUCAGGCCGUGUGCCGGGCCCUCUAUGUGGAGACGUUGGAGCUGAGGGCCUUUCUCACCAAGAUCCGGGAGGCCAAGGAGAUGCUGCUCAAACUUCGGGAGGUUGAGUCCCAGGCAGAGAAGCCACAAGCUGACCUUGACAACCUUCGGCACAAAGACUGGGCCCGGCUCUGGGUGCAGCUGAUGCGGGAGUUGCGUCAUGGUGUGAAACUCAAGAAGGUCCAAGAGAAGCAGUUCAACCCCCUGCCCACCGAGUACCAGCUGACCCCCUUUGAGAUGUUGAUGCAGGAUAUCCGAGCACGCAACUACAAACUACGAAAGGUCAUGGUUGAUGGCGACAUCCCACCCAGGGUGAAGAAAGAUGCCCAUGAACUCAUUCUGGAUUUUAUCCGUUCCAGGCCCCCACUAAAGCAGGUAUCGGAGAGAAGACUUCGGCCCCUGCCUCAGAAGCAACGAACCCUCCACGAGAAGAUCCUGGAGGAGAUUAAACAAGAGAGGAAGCUCCGCCCCGUGCAGGGCCCACACUGGAACGCUAAAGGUUUUGGGUCCCUGCCCUGCAUCCUCAAUGCCUGUUCCAAUGAUGUGAAGUCUACUUCCUGUAUAAACCUGACCCUCUCCGGCACCGGGGGCACCCCUCAGCGCCCACCACGGCCACGGGUUCUGCUUAAAGCUCCCACCUUGGCGGAGAUGGAAGAGAUGAAUAUUUCUGAGGAGGAAGAGUCUCCAAGUGGAGAGAUGGCGAGAACGAGCAGCUCCCUGCUGCCCCUGAAGCGGGACCGAUCCUUCUCGGAACACGACUUGGCCCAGCUCCAGAGCGAGAUGGCCAUGGGCCUCCAGCCGGACACUGGCCCCAUGGGAGGGAAGGAGCUGGAAUCUCGACCCCGCUCGGGCAGCAUGCAUACAUGGCGGACCGACAGCACAGACCACGGCUCAUUUCCCCUAAAGUACCCGGCCCUUGUGGAAUCCAGUUCCCCUGCCCACAGCUCCCUUGGCUCUGUAGAGGAAAGACCAGAAGGCAGUUCAGCUUUGGACAGUCACUCUAAACACUUGUGGCUGGAAUUCAGCCACCCAGUGGAGAGCCUGGCUCUGACAGUGGAGGAAGUGAUCAAUGUGCGCCGGGUGCUGGUAAAGGCUGAGAUGGAGAAGUUCUUGCAAAAUAAAGAGCUUUAUAACAGCCUGAAGAAAGGGAAGAUCUGUUGCUGCUGUAGAACCAAGUUCCCCCUAUUCUCCUGGCCAGCUACCUGUCUCUUUUGUAAAAGAGCUGUCUGCACCUCCUGUAGCAUAAAGAUAAAGAUGCCUUCUAAGAAGUUUGCACACAUUCCCGUUUACACUUUGGGCUUUGAGAGCCCUCAAAAGGCUGUGACUGCCAAAGCCAUGCUGACUAGGAGAAGAGAUGUCUUCCAGUCCCUGCAGGGGACGAAAUGGCGGAGUGUGGAAGAAGAAUUCCCUCACAUCUAUGCUCACGGCUGCAUCCUGAAGGACGUCUGCAGUGACUGUACCAGCUUUGUGAUGGAUGUGGUCAGUUCUAGCCGGAAGAGUGUGGAUGUCCUUAAUACGACCCCCCGGAGGGGCCGCCAGACUCAGUCCCUCUAUAUCCCCAACACCAGGACUGCCUGGGACAAAUGAUGGACCUUACCAGAGCCCACCUUACUCAGGCUCUCCAUCCUGGGGACUAACAGACCUGAGCUCCUCAAGCGCUCCCCUGGGCUGGGUGAUAAUGAUGAUGACGAGAGACAGACUUCUCAAGCCCUGUUACAGUCAUCCGAGCUUUCUGUGGUACUUUUUAGAGCCCAAGUCCAUCUCUUGGGUCAAACUGAAAUGGAGUCCAGUCACAAGAAAUCCUGCCCAAAGCCUUUCCCCUCAGCACAACUCCCCACUUAGCACCACCUCUCGGGCGAAAGAAUUGCCUCUGAGUUGUGCAUGUACAUAUAUACAUAUAUAGAUACAUUUAUAUAAUAUAGUCACAAUCUAUAUAUUUAUAUACAUUGUUUCCUGGAACCCUACGAGUGCUUUGGGGGUCAGGGCUCACCUAGAAGCACUUGGGGUUCCCAGGCAUUUCCAUGGUAGAGCUGGCUCUGGAACUCUUCUGAAGGUCCCUGAGAGGAUGUGGAACUCUGCAGUGGGUAGGAAAGUCUGCAGAGAUUAGUUGGAGAAUAGAGGAAGAAACUGAGUCCAGAUUAGGAGGAGAGGAUAAAUCAGGGAUAAGAGCAGAAAAAAUCAGAGCUACAAUUUCUGGUUACUGGAUAAGGACCCUAGCAGUUGAUUAGGUGGCUCUUGGCAAAGAUUUGAGCCAUUGCUAUUUCUUCAGUUUCCUCACGCCAAGCAGGAGGACAAGGAGGGGAGGAAAUGUUUUGUUCCCUAGAUGAAAGUCCUGGGCUGUGAAACUUUCUUCCUUCUGUCCUGGAGCAUAUUAAGCCUGUUGACCUCUACUUAUUUUGGCUUAGACCCUGGGUCUAAGAGGACCCGUUGAGAUUCCUUCCUAGGUGAAGCUAAAUGUGCAGUCCCUGGUCCCAGGAGUCUAGCAGGUCUUGACUUUUUCAGGGCUAUUUUUUGAGGGUGUUACCUUGAGAUGUUUGAGGGAUUACAGGUAGAGGGAAGAGUGUUCAUGAUUGGUUCUAACCCACCCUUUCUGGGCCUUCUCUUUCAUAAACCCCUCUCCUGUUCGGGAGGCUUCCAGAACUUUAAGAAGGCUCUCUCCCUGAUCCAUUUCCUAUUGCCUGUCCUGCUUCUAGUAGGGAAGGAUGGCCAGGCAGCAAAAUGAGAAGCUCAUGGGAAGCUGGGACAUUCAAUCAUCCACAGUGUUAAAAUUAGAAUAGUUGCUUUGUCUCCUACAUAUCUACAUAUUUGUGGCUCAAAAAAAAUAGAGCCUUAUUUAUCACAACUCUAAUUUUGCUUCCCUUCCAUUCAGGCUCUUAGAUGUCUCUCACCUUCCUCCCAUCUGUCUGUCCCUUAUUGCCACCCAAAUCCAACCUCCCUCUCCCCUCGCCCUUACUCUUCAGUGCCAUAUAGCAGGAGGAAUGCAUUGAGAGAUUCCAUCUGAGUCAUGGGGGCUGCACGUGUACAGCAGAGGCAGCAGGACCAGCUAGCUCCUUCUACAGCGAUGCAGGACAAGUCCUUCUGGGAGCAGCAGCGACUGCAGUGGGAAAGAAUGGAUGGCUAGGGAAGCGGCUGCUGGAGAAGGGAUGGGAUGGGCGAAUCUCUUGGCUGUGGCCGCUGUACCUCUUGACCUCUUCCCUUUCAAUCUGGCGACCUAGUUAUCCAGAAGAGCUGCAGUGUGCUCUAAGGUCAUGCUCUCUUCCAGAUCUGGUGCCUCUAUCUUUUUGACAAAGAAAUGGGUAUCCCUCCCUCAAGUUACAGCUUCUGUUAGUUUCUUGCCAAGAAUGCAGAGUUUGAUCAGGGUACCCCAGGAAGAUUUAGUCAGAUGCUUGUCUCUGCAUAUUUAGCCCUAUAUAUAGUUCAGCCCUAAUAUGAAGGGAAUUCUUAAAGAGUUUCCCAGGGAAACAUUCUAGAGACAAUUCCAGACUUUGGGAUUUAUCAAGAGAAGCUGAACUGAGAUACCACUUUCUAUUAAUGUCUGCCUGAAGAGUCUACAUUUUAAAUUAAGGGAUGCUUUCAUCUCUCUUUCCUUGGGCCAUCACCUGCCUGUUUAUCCGAAAUAUCCCUCCUGCCUCCUCUCCCUCUGCCCCCUGGGACUCCAGCACAUAAAUAGUCACAUAUGAACAUCAAGAUCUAUGCAGUGCCCAGGGUGGGGAGGGUGCCAGACCCCCAGCAGGAUCCUUAAAGCCACAGGGCAGUGCAAAAGGAAUGUACUGUAAAGACUGAUCUGUUGGUGUUUUCCCCUCUGUAUAUACAAUUGUUCUGUGUAAUAAAGUUUUAUUUGACUUAAGCCACA